AUGGACACCAGCACCGGAUGCUUGUACGCGUGCGCCCCCUUCACGCUCAUCGUCUCCAUCCUUCUCUUCAUGCUCUCUGUCAUGCUGCGCAACGGCAACUGGACUUUCACGGUUCUAGCCGCGAAGCACAGUUGGGACGCGGAAGCGAAGUCGCGCUGCUGCCGCAAUGGCGGCCUCAUCUACCUUAUCAUCUCCAUCGUGCUCUGGGUGCUGGUAGUCCUCGACUCGUUUCUCAUCCAGCUAACGAGACUGCCGACCUCUGCGUCCAAAUGGUGGCGGCAGCGUCGUUUACCCAGCUUGCGCGAGCUGAUGCGUAAACAUCGCAAGGUGUCCGAGACGGAAGGCGUGGGCCACGCCACGGACGUCAUUGUGAUGACGACGACACCGAUCACAGCAGUCAGGAUGGCCGUGGUGAGAUCUCCGCAGCAUUCGACUCUUUCGGCGUUCGGGCUUCCUUCCGCAGAGGCGGCAUCGCCUCCGAGCUCCAUAAUGACAAGCAAUCUCGUGGCAGCGGACAACUCUCGAGGAAAGACGAGCUCAGCUGACCCUGCAAGAACUGAUGCAGGCGGCACGGGUUUCGUGUUCUCAUGCCCUUCAUCUCCGGCUAUGGGAGGGGCUUCUAUUGGUGCCGCAGUGAACAUCAGCUCCGCGAAACCGCUGCCGUCUGCUGGGCUGGCCGAUGAAAGGCUUGCUUGUGGGGAGGCGCAGGGCCGCCAGCCCUUGCCAAUAAGCGCGACCACGUCGGCUGCGACCAGCGCGCAGGAAGAGGACUACAUGCUGCAGUAG